AGAAAAGAAUAGGUAGGGAAAGAGCAGAGAUACAUUGAAGACCAGGCAUUUUUUUCUUGAGACGAUCAUAUGCACGCAAAAGUCAUGCGUAGUUGAGCAAGAUGAGAAUGUUUGGAUCUUGAGACAUGGUGGAUCAUCGGCGAAACAUAUUGUCUCUUGGGUUCCUGUUCUUGUUGCUUUUUCAGUUCACAUUUGAGCAGCUUGAGCCUCUGAGUUCACCCGCAGAGAGACUCGCCCUACUUCAGCUUCGAUCUUCCUUGGGCUUGAGAAGCAGGGAAUGGCCAAUAAAAGCCGACCCUUGCUUAACCUGGAAUGGCAUACGCUGUGAGAGUGGUAGAGUCACUGGCGUCAAUAUUUCUGGGUUUAGAAGAACAAGACUUGGCAGGCAAAACCCACAAUUCUCUGUUGACGCUUUAGCCAAUUUGACUUUCCUGCAAUCCUUCAAUGCGUCCAAGUUUCUUCUUCCUGGUCCUGUUCCUCACUGGUUUGGCCAAAAGCUUUCUUCACUCAAAGUGCUUGAUCUUCGUUAUUGCUCCAUCAUUGGUGCAAUUCCUUCUACUCUUGGGAAUCUAACAAGCCUAACCACUCUCUAUUUAUCUGAUAAUAACCUCACUGGAAUCAUUCCUGAUAGUCUAAGUCAACUUUCAGCCCUUUCUGUUCUUGAUCUUUCCCGGAAUUUUCUCUCAGGAUCCUUGCCCGAUUCUUUUGCCUUUCUUGGGAAUCUUUCUUUCCUCGACAUUUCUUCCAACUAUUUAUCCGGUUCGAUUCCCCAAGGCACUGGGGCACUUUCUAAAUUACAAUACUUGAAUCUUUCCAACAAUGGCUUAACUUCUUCUAUACCUGCUCAACUUGGGGAUCUUAGUAACCUAGUUGACCUUGAUCUAAGUGAUAAUUACUUGUUCGGUCUGGUUCCUCCGGAUUUAAUGGGGUUGAGGAGCUUGCAGAGAAUGAAGCUUGGGAACAACAUUCUUGAUGGACCUUUGCCGGAGAAUUCGUUUCAUACUACAUCGGAGUUGCAGUUCAUAGAGCUGAGACAAAAUAAUUUUACUGGGGCCUUGCCUGAUAGGUUGUGGUAUCUUCCAAGAUUGAGCUUUGUGGAUGUCUCCGGCAAUAAGUUCAAUGGUGUGCUUCCUAGUUCUAGUUCUUCUGCUAAUGCUACUCCUACAGUCAAGGGCAAUUUUUCUCAUAAUCUAUUUUAUGGAAGCAUCACUCCUCUGCUCAAAAGGUUCAGUUUCAUCGAUCUGUCGAGCAAUUAUUUUGAGGGCAAGGUUCUGGAUUUCGCAGUCAAUGCAUCACUGGGUAGUAACUGCCUGCAAAAUGUAUCAAAUCAAAGGGCAACAGAAGAAUGCCUCUCAUUCUAUUCCAGGAGGGGCCUCUCUUUUCAUAAUUUUGGGCAAGCAAACAUGACAAGACCUCGUGCAGCAGAGAGCUCUGGGAAGAACAAUGGAAGAAAAUUUAUACUAGCAGGAAUUUUGGGUGGAGUUGGUUUGAUCGCAGUUUUGGUGUUGUUAAUUCUGCGCACUCGUAAGCGGAGCAAAUCAAAUAAUACAGGAGCUCGUGUGGGUGCUGCUCUUGCUGGAGGCAAUCCUGCACCUACUGAUGCAUUGAUAGAAUUAUCAAAAGCAGGAGACUCAUUUACAUAUCAGCAAUUGCUCAAGGCUACAGGCAACUUCAGUGAUGCAAAUCUUAUCAAACACGGUCACACCGGCGAUCUGUUCAAUGGUGUUUUGGAAAGUGGGAUAUCUGUAGUGAUAAAAAGGAUUGAUUUGCGUUCAACUGAAAAUGAGAAUGCUUACAUGUCAGAAUUGGACCUUUUCAGUAAAGUUUCUCAUCCAAGAUUGGUUCCCCUGUUCGGUCAUUGCUUAGAAAAUGACAAAGAGAAGUUCCUGGUUUAUAAACAUAUGCCAAAUGGGGACUUAUUGAAUUGCAUGCGCAACAGAGAAACUACACAUAAAGAUGGUACAUUGCAGUCUUUGGAUUGGAUAACAAGAUUGAAAAUUUCUAUUGGAACUGCGGAGGCCUUGUGUUUUCUUCAUCAUGAAUGCAAUCCACCCUUUGUUCACAGGGAUAUUCAAGCAACCAGUGUACUUCUAGAUGAUAAAUAUGAAGUCCGGUUAGGGAGUCUAAGUGAAGCCUGCACUCAGGGAGGGGAUACUCAUCAAAGGAGAAUCUCAAGGUUGCUACGGUUACCCCAGUCAUCUGAUCAAGGCUCAUCAGGUUCAUCAUCACCAGCAGUUUAUGCCUAUGAUGUGUAUUGCUUUGGGAAAGUAUUGCUUGAGAUGGUAACUGGGAAGCUAGGAAUUGGUGCAUCCGGUGAUGCACAAGUAAAAGAAUGGUUGGAACAGACACUACCUUACGUUAGUAUUUAUGACAAGGAUCUGGUAACCAAGAUUGUGGAUCCAUCCAUGGUUGUCGACGAGGAUUUCUUAGAGGAAGUGCGGGCAGUGGCCAUCAUCGCGAGGUCUUGCCUGAACCCCAAACCUUCGAGACGACCCCAGAUGAGAUUUGUCCUCAAGGCUCUUGAAAACCCACUAAAAGUCAUAAGGGAAGAGAGUUACAGUUCUGCAAGGCUGAGAACAACCUCUUCCAGAGGCUCUUGGAAUGCUGCUCUGUUUGCUAGUUGGCGUCAGAAUUCUGAUGUAACUGUAGUUCCGGCAGUUUCUGGUUCAAGAGCUGAAGAAGGCCAGCUUUCAUCGUCCCGGAGGCGUCGUUCGAAUGAGAUAGUUCCGGAACCAUCUAGCAGCAUUCAAGAGGAGGACAAGCUCGAGUAGUACCGGAGGAAGGCUCAAGCCUUUGUACAUUUAAGGAUGGAGACGAAAUUGGAAUGCAAAUUCUUCUUGUUUUUUUUUGGGCAUUUUCAGUGGUUUUGGACUAAGAAAUUCGAGAGGUACAAAGAGGGACACGGUGGAUAUGGAUACUUUUUUUUUUUUUGGCUGCUUGGUGAUGUGUAGACGAGCCCCAAUUCUUUCACAUGUAAUUGAUUUUUUCCUUGUUCUGUCUCAAG